CAGAAAAUCCUCUGGGGCCCGGGGUGCCCAUGUGUGUCAACCACGCGCAACGGCAGGCAGAGUCUGUCGGUCUCUCAUGAAGUGAACUGCGUCAAUCGACCAACCCUCAAUCAUGCGACCACACAUCAACAGGACAGAAAAUUCCCUGCUCCAUCGCAGAAACAGGGCACUGCCCGACAGACAGGAAAUUGUCCAUGCAACUGCAAAUGUGGUGCACACGAGAAACACCACAGCAGCUCUUAGGUGACCAAGUCGGCCUGAAACAAUUCGCCCCAGCGACAAUAGUACACAAAUGGAAAAGAAUUCGCCACGCCCGCAUCAAUCAAUCAGACAUGCACACACAUCACACGAGCCCCUCCCUUAUGAGCAAGGCCUCCAGCUCACUCAUCUGUCGGCCAUUAACCGCCGUCACAAUUUGCCCUCCACCGCCUCACAGUGGCCCCCACCGCGCAUGGCCAUCAACCGCGUCACGCUGGCGGGGGAGGGCACAGCCUCCAUUGCGGAGAGCUCGGCCUCGAUGCUGCUGAAGUCUGCCGCCGACAUGCCCUCGAACUCAUGGAGAGGCUUGUGCAGCACCGGGUCACGGAAAUUCCUGCACAGACGGGACACAGAAGGAGGAAGAGAGUGUGUGGACAGCGUGCCUGACUUGACUGUGUGGCUACCGGAGGUAGUUGAACAGGUGUUUUCUGAAGGCAUCGGUGUAGGUCAGGGCGUCGGAGAUGAAGGCCUCCUCCACCGCAGCCACCGACACACCCUCCUGGCAGAUGAGAGACACACUCGUGUGCGCGUGUGGUGUAUGGUGUGUCGCCACAUUCUGCCACCUUUGCUGCGUGGUCUUGAAAGCACCCCUGCAAGAAUGCCGCAAGAGCCUCGUUGGCCUCCAGCUCAUACCUGAUGCUCUCCUCCCAUUCUGCCCGCUGCAGAUACUCCCCCGUGACCGAAGAGAACUCCGCAGUCGCAGAGACUCCGCGCAUCCUAUCGUGCACCAGCCGCGGCCCCUCUUCCUCGCCGAGCAGCGGUAUGCUGGCGUGCUGGAUGGCCGCGACGCAGACGUCGACUGGCGAAGGGAUGAGGAACCAGUGGCGAUCUCGGCCCUGGAUCGUCACCGUGCACUUGAGUUUGCGCCAGAACAUGCCGGCAAGGAUGGUCCCGGUGGUGAGGAUGAAGGGCAGGGGGAUGAUGCCCAUUGGCAGGUUGUGGUGGAGGAGGUCCUUGAUGGCCCUGGUGAGGAUGGCCUGCGCCUUGUCCUGCAUCACGGCCACCGUCGCUGGGUCAGCGGUGAUGUCCUCGUUGAUGCCGUUGGUGUAGCGGCCGAUGGUGAUGGGCGCGAGGCGGAAAUUGGGGUAGCACAGGCUCCUCUCCCAGACGAUGGCGCCGCUUUCAGUAUCAGGGGGUGUGCGGGGCUGCGUCACGCUGUCCUUAGCUGGAUUGGCAAGCGUGAUGCCGCAAAAAAGGCUUGUCUUGCGGCCGUCCCUCGUCCACAUGGCAACGGUGGGGGCGUCCUCCUCACUCAUAUCGACCGUGGCGCGGUCUUCGGUCUCUGUCCUCACCAAUUGCUCCGUCUUGAGUAUAAGCAUCACAUGAUUCUUGCCGUGGGUGUCGAUCUCACGCAAGAUGGCCGACUCCCUGCACCGCUGCACCUUGAAGAACCCCUCGCUCCCCAUCAGGCCGGCCGUGUAGCGCAGUGCGGCCUUGUUGCCGCGGUAGUGGUCGCUGCAUAGCAGUUCCUUCAGCCAGCCGCACUCCUUCAUGUGCUCAAUCUUGGUGUGAGUGCCGGUGCAGCCGGGCCCGCACUGCGGACACAGCCCAGUAUCGCCGCUCGGUGCAGGUCCACUCGUGGGUGCCGAACCAGUGCGCCUUCUGACAUUCCUGCAAACAGUGACGAAGAGCACCAGUGAGUGCACUUGUGCAUCUUGCCUGAAUCAGUCUGACCUGUGAGCAGUAUCGGGGCAGCCCGCAGGCCUCGCACACCUUGAGGUCAGGGGGCAGCAAACCGCAGACAAAGCAGCCCUCCUGUGCCGGCGGGGCGGGAGGUGGCGGCGGCUCAACCUCGGCGUUGCUCGACGGCGAUGAUGAUGCCGCCGCCGACGACGUUGCAGUGAUGCGCCGCAUCAUCUCUCUCGAGGUCGCUUCGUUCUCAUCCUCAGAGUCGCUCAGAUCACGCGCCAGCCUGUCCCACUUGGAAUAAUCGAGUCGCGACAUCCCGGCCGGAUAAGCAAGCAGUGAGCCCUGAGCC